CUUAACAAGCACAUCUACAGCAUCUACCAUGGGCCACUCCUCAGAAAUCAUUAAUGCUUUUUGGCCCAAAGUAGAUACAAAGAAAAUAGGAGGAGAAGCUCUUACCAGGUAUUUAACAAAUAGAGUAAACCUGGGCUCUGUUGACGCCAUCAGCCACAAUUCCAAGGUGAUUGCUCAUGGUGAGAAGGUGUUAGCUGCCAUAACAGAAGGCUUGAAACAUCUGGACAACCUCAAGCCACACUUUGCCAAGCUGAGCCAGUACCACUCUGAAAAACUUCAUGUGGAUCCAGCUAACUUUUAUCGCUUUGGGGAUGUGCUGAUUAUUACCUUGGCUCUACAGUUCCAUCAGGAGUUCACCCCAGAAGUGCAGUGUGCUCUCCAGUCAGCAUUUCAUUCUAUUGGUAAUGCCCUGGCCAAGUGUUAUCACUGAGUUACCCCUACAGCCAAAUAAAGGAGUUUGAAGCUACGACAGUCUGCAACUACUUUCAAGAAUAUUUAAAAUGUAGCAAUUUGAUUUUGCUCCUAAUAAAAUCAAUAAUCAUUUC